CAGCUUCUGGAGGGUCGACGGCACCAGCAGCGGAACCGUCAGGGCACGACCCCCUCCAUGGGGCCAGCAGGCGCAACCGAGCCCGCGCGCGCCCACCCGCGUCGGACGGCGCGCCCCUCGCGUCGCCGGUCGAUCACUGCUGUCUGUGCUGCUCCGCCCCAGCUGUAUUCCUCCACAUCCACGUCCCCUUCCCCUGCAAUUUCCUAGUUCCACCUCAUCCUCCAUAGCCGUCUCGUGUGAGGCUUCUUCGGCUCAGUGCUCCACGCGUAGCACAUGGCCGCACACGGUGCCCACAGUCCGCAGGUUUGCUGUACCAUCGCCGACCUCUGGUCGAAGCCAUGCCAACCACAUGUGGCGCUCCCGUUUGGGAGCGUUUCUACAUGUUGGCCGUCUACGUGUGGGUCAGCAUGCUUCAGUCGAUGCUGUGGGCGCCCAUUGCAGCGGCGCCCGACGCAGCCAAGCAUGAGUUCCCUGGGCUGACGGAUGCGGCGAUCUUGCUGCAGUUGAACUGGGGACCGAUCGUGCAGAUGGUCUUCAUCCCCGCGGCCAUUGCCCUGCUCGGCAGCCGCAACGGCCUGCAGCGCUGCGUGCGGGUCGGCGUGGUCCUGUCGGCAUUGGCCGCCGCCCUCCGGGUGCUGGCCUUGCGGCUCCCUGCGGCCGCGCGGGCCACCUUUUGGGCGCAGUCGCUGCUGCACGCUGCGGGCAUGCUGAACGGGGCCUCCGCCAGCUUCCUGCAGGGCACGCCCACCCGGUUCUCCGCCGUGUGGUUCCCCCCAGGGCAGCGCGCGCGUGCCACAGGCUGCGCCUUUGUGGGCCUCGGCCUGGGCCAGGCGCUGUGCUACGCCCUCAGCCCCGUGCUGGUGCGCGGCCUGGACGAGCUGGCCCCCGGAACGGCCUCCUGCUCCAGCUGGCCGUGGCCGCGCCCCCGCUGGUCUGCUGCUUCGCGCACUUCCCGGACGCACCCGGCGGCGCAGGGGACCGCCGGGACUGGAGCGCGGGGGACGCCGGCGGCGGCGGAGCCAGGCGCCCUGGUGGUGCCGUUGGGGGCGGCGGGCGGCGCGGAGCCCGGCGGCGCCGGCGGGGCGCCCAAGGGCGGGUGGCGGCCGCUCUGGGCGGCCAUGCGCAGGCCUUCGGCGGUGCUGCUGGCCACGCUCUGCGGCCUCGCCAACGGGCCGUACCAGGGCUGGGGUGCUGCGCUGCCGACUAUCUCGGGGGCACCUCCACUACACGAACUCCCGGGCCGACCUCCUGUCCCUGGCGUCGAUGGUGGCGUACACGUGCGGCUGCUACGUGGUGGGGGAGCUGGGCGACCGUGCUUUCCGGGGCCGCCUGAAGCUGCUGCUGGGACUCCUGCUCGCCGCCGAGUUCGGAAGUUUUUCGUGGCUGUGCAUGAUGCUCCCGUCCAAUUUCCGCGGUGAGCCCCUUAUCGACACAGGCUUUCCUUCAAUUCUCGCUGCGGUGUUCCUCACUGGUGCGUUUGUUGGUGCCACGAACCCCAUAUCAAUGGAGUUCCUCGCCGAGGUGACGUACCCUGCACAUGAGGGGGUCUCAGGGAACGUCGUCAUAUUUUUGACGCAGGUCUUCACCAUGAUCGUCCUCGCAGGGGCUCCGCAUCUGGAUCCGCUGGCGACGACGCCUGUUAUGGCACUCAUCAUUCUGUUGUGUGGACUGUUGCUGCUGCCGGUUGAGAGCCAGUACUUGCGAAGUGCAGCCGAGGGAUCUUUGUGAGGUGCGCCGAGGCCAAAGCUCAAUGGACACCUUGCGGGUGCCCUACUUAGCCUCCCCUCAUGGGACGGGCCCGUGACGCCCCGCCGAGGCCGCGCGAGAGAGUCCCGCCGAGGCCGCGACGCUCCGCCCGCGAGUUUGGCCCGCGCCACCUCUCCACGGGCGGCCGCCGGGCGUGCGGCCGCCGCCGCGUCGUUCGGGCACCCCCGCGGGGGGGGGGGCGCGGUGUGCAGCGACACGCGGGGGAAGCUUUCUCGUCCUCCUCAUCUUCCUCCUCCUCCUCC